UGGAGGCGGAGGAGCUCUAUGCUCCGUUGGACCCCUUUUUGGGAGUUCGCGCAGCGACGCGACAGGGCGGCCCCGGGACCCGCGAGGAGGACGGCCGGUGAUGCGGGGGCCUGCGCUGCUCAUGCUUUCCCCCCCGCCGACCCUGUCCUGAAUGUCACCUGCGGGCCUUUCGGACCCUUCUCCUCCGCGAUGCAACCGCAGGAGGAGGAGGGGCCCUCGGCGAGUGCAGGUGCGCACGCCCUGCGGGCGGCGGGGACGGGCCCAGACGCCCGGCCGCUCCAGUGUUUGUUCGGAGGCGUGGGCCCCGGAGGUCUGGACCACGCCCUGCAGACUCGAUGCUGAUGCUCCUUUUUGCUUCUUGUUGGUUUGGCGUGUGAGGAUACAUCGACCUUUUGAGGCCUUCCCCUCCUUCCCCCUCCGCCCCUCGCCGUGCUCGCGCUUGCAGGGUCAGCUCCCUGAGUAUGUCCUGGUCGCAGGCCCUCCCCGCUCUUCCGCGCCACAUGAGUUGGUGCUUCAACAACUGCGCGCUGCAUGGUCCAUAGCAAUUUUGGCUCAAGUCGGGUGCCCCGACAGCGCCUCGGCUCCAGGAACAUGGUGCGCAUGGUGCGCCCCUGGCUCCUCCUCCUCUCCAGGUGGGCCGUGCCGCUCGCGGAGGCCACUGCCUCCGCGGGCUGCGGCCCCUUCGGCGGGGCCGCUCGCUCGGAGGCGGACGUGGGCCGCGAGCAGGAAUGCGAGCACGCGUCCAUCGGCUUCGAGGCUCUGCAGACGGCCUCUGCGCUGUCAAAAUCCCGCCACAUGCUCAAGCGGGACGCGGGAGGGACAGAGCGCAGCCAGCUGAGCGGCGUUGAGGGCAACCCGUACGUCCGGGGGCCCAACAUCUAUCUCGCAGACCUUGUGGACCUCGACAACUACUGGGGCUACUGCCUGGACAUCGCUGGGUCCCCGCCCCACCCGCAGUGCGACAGCAUCCAGGGGCACACCUGCAAGUCGGACGGUGCGGACACCCAGUUCCGGUUCGACCCCGACACGGGGUCGAUCGUGUCGCAGAAUUUCAACGGUAUAUGCAACCCGAUGUAUGACGGGGAGCAGGACGGAAGGAUAUGGCAGGCAGACCUGAACAACACCCGCGGCGGUUGCCUCCGGGUCGCUGGGUCCCUCGAGGCUGGGACUCAGCUUGUCAUGGUGGAGUGCCGGGCGCCCGACUCUCUGCAGAAGUUCAGGUACACCCCGAGCAGGCAGUUCGCCGUGGUGGACACCAGCCUCUGCCUCGUCCUCGGGCAGGAGAGGGCCGAGCAGGACGGCUUCUCGUCUCGCACCGCCGAGCUGCAGGACUGCGCGUCGUGGCCAGCUGAGCUGUCAACCUGGGAGGUCAUCACGAGCACCCACGAGAAGUACUACCCAGAGUCGAGCCCCAGCAUGGCAUGGAUUGGCGUCAAUUCGGAGCAGGCGAGAGGGGAUCCCCUGCCCCUCUAAGCAUUCUGCAGGUGAUUGUUCCACUUCUGAACAACUUGUCCGGAUUUUGUUUAACUUCGACACUUACCAUGUUUCAACUUCAUGUUCAACAGGCUUUGCCCGAAUGCAGCGAUCGCUCAUGACGGGGUUGGCGGUUGGUCCCCGUGCGCGCUUUUCCGACCCGCCCGCUUGCGUUAGAGCAAGCGGGCCCGUCGCAAAAGCGCCACCGCUCGUCUUGCCAGUUCAUUUGUAAAUAUCUUUAUCGUACUAGUGUCACUGGCGCGAGCUGGCCCGUGUCACCGCGCGUUUUCAGUUUUGUUGCGCCAUGGAGUUCGCAUGUAAAAAAACAACUGCGCGCUGCAUGUAGCCUGGCCGGCGGCCUCGAGGACGCCCCUGUUCGAGAGGCGCGGCAAAUAUGCCGGGGCAAUGUUCAAGAUCCGUUUGAGGCAUCUUGGGGCAAAACGUUACCAGCGCCUGCGUCCGUUUGCCUCGCCCUUCCAACCCUUGCCCCGCGCCUGCCGCGCCACCAGCGCCCGCGUCCGUUUGCCAUCAUUUUGCCUCUUCCUGCUCCUCGAGCCGACGGUCGGAGAGCGCGUUGACGCCGCGCGCCCCGCGGGCUCGGAGUGCGUGAUGCAGUAGCAGCGAGAGAUAAAUAGAUGAGGAGGGGG